GGGGUUUGCUGGGGCCCAGAAACGAGCUCUUCGAUGCUGCCAAAUACCGGCUCCUUGCUGACCAGCUCGGCUGUCCCGACGAGAGGUGGUGCUCGGAGGGCAAGUGGCGCUCCAAGUCCGGACCGUCUCUUGCCGACUUGUCAACUUGCUGGCGACGGAUGGAGCCGGAUGAUUCCAUCCAGCCCAUGGAGCAGGGCAGGAUGCCUAAAGCAAUGAGGAGAGAAGAGCUGGAGGAAGGGGAGCUGGAGGAAGGGGAACUGGAGGAAGGAGAGCUGGAAGAAGAAGCAAUCGAUGUUUCUGAUUAUCUACCGAUGGCACAUCAGGACGCUCGAACCCCAGGCAGGGACGCGAGCCGAGGAGGGAGUUCCAUUGAAAUGACAGACGACAACACCGCCAUCCGUGCCCUGACGCAGUUCCCACUUCCCAAAAAUCUCCUGGCCCAAGUGAUUCAGAUUGCAACCUCUUCCUCCACCGUCAAGGAAUACAUGCAGUUCCGUACAGUAGGCACCAAGACCAAGAUCUGCAAGCUCACGCUCCGCUGGCCCUGUCCAAUGACUUUUGCUGCCAAGGGCCGUCGCAAGGUGGAGGCAGAAAACAAAGCGGCGGCGCUGGCCUGUCAGAAGCUUAAGAGCCUUGGCUUGGUGGACAAGAACAACAACCCCCUCAGCCAUGCUAUGUACAACAUGACUUCACUCCGGGAGCUUGGAGAGAACCAGAGGAAACCUUGCCACAUCAAAGUCCCCGAAGCCACGCUGCGCAAGAUUGAGAACUACCUGAAUCACUACCCAGUGGACAUCAGGGAGUCCAGGCCCCGGAUUGCUGAUGACAUGAUGAACCUGAGCAAGGAAUCUGGUGCGAUAAGCGAUGCGAUCACGGGGAAGACCUAUAUACCCAUGUUGGAAGCAGAGGAAGUGCGCCUUAGCCAGAAUCUCCUGGCCCUCUGGAAAAGGAGAGGAUCCUCAUGGCAGGAGAGCCACCCGCUGCCAGUAGAUCCUCACAAGGACACCAUCCUGUCAGCCAUUGAGCAGAACCCUGUUGUGGUAAUAGCGGGAGACACAGGCUGUGGGAAAACCACGAGGAUCCCUCAGCUCCUGCUGGAACACUACAUCCUGGAGGGACGCGGCGCCCGCUGCAACGUCGUGAUCACCCAGCCGAGGAGGAUCAGCGCCAUCUCCGUCGCUCAGCGCGUGGCUCAAGAGUUGGGUCCCAACAUGAGGAAGAACGUGGGCUACCAGGUUCGACUGGAGAGCAAGCCCCCUGCCCGGGGAGGAGCCCUGCUCUUCUGCACCGUGGGCAUCCUGCUGCGGAAACUGCAGGGCAACCCCAGCCUGGAGGGCGUCAGCCACGUCGUGGUCGAUGAGGUCCACGAGCGAGAUGUCAACACUGAUUUCCUGCUCAUCCUGCUGCAAGGCCUCCCGCAGCUCAACCCCGACCUGCGCCUGGUCCUGAUGAGCGCCACCGGGGACAACCAGCGUUUCUCCCAUUAUUUUGGAGAUUGCCCCGUGGUCAAGGUGCCGGGAUUCAUGUACCCGGUGAAGGAGUACUAUCUGGAGGAGAUCUUGGCCAAGCUGGGCCGGCACCGACACCGGCACUAUGAGAUCAAGCAAUCGGAUGAUGAAUGCGUCCUUGAUCUUGAUCUGAUCACCGACCUCGUAUUCCAGAUUGAUGCCCAUGGGGAACCAGGUGGGAUCCUUUGCUUCCUCCCUGGGUGGCAGGAAAUCAAAGGAGUGCAGCAGCGCCUGCUAGAGAUGCUCGGAUCUCAGAACAGCCGGUACCUCGUCUUACCGGUCCAUUCCAACAUCCCCAUGAUGGACCAGCAAAACAUAUUCCAGAGGCCUCCACCGGGCGUCAGGAAGAUCGUCCUGGCCACCAACAUCGCCGAGACCUCCAUCACCAUCAACGACAUCGUGCACGUGGUGGACAGUGGCACGCACAAGGAGGAACGCUACGAUCUGAAGACCAAGGUGUCCUGCCUGGAAACGGUGUGGGUGUCCAAGUCAAACGUGGUGCAGAGGCGAGGGCGUGCUGGCCGCUGUCAGUCGGGAUUUGCCUAUCACCUCUUCCCUCGCAGCCGCCUGGACAAGAUGCCAACUUACCAGGUUCCAGAGAUCCUACGGACCCCACUGGAGAACCUGGUGGUUCAGGCCAAGAUCCACAUGCCAGAGAAAACG